AUAUUAGCAGGCACACGUCGUCUCUAGUUUCAGUGGUAGGAGCCUGGGUUUGCUACGCUGCCAGCAUGAAGGUUUUGCUAAUCCUGGGGUUUCUCCUCCUGCCCCUGGCUGCUCAUGGGAAGAUCUACGAAAGGUGUGAGCUGGCAAGAGCAAUGAAAAGGCUUGGGCUGGAUGGAUACCGGGGCUACAGCUUGGGACACUGGGUGUGCACAGCAAACUACGAGAGCGGCUUUAACACAGGUGCCACAAACUACAAUCGAGGUGACCAAAGCACUGACUAUGGGAUUUUACAAAUCAACAGCCGCUGGUGGUGCAAUGAUGGCAAGACUCCAAGAGCCAAGAGCGCAUGUGGAAUCCAGUGUGGUGAGUUACUGACAGCAGAUAUUACAGCGAGUGUAAAUUGUGCAAAGAGAGUUGUUCGUGAUCCUAAUGGCAUGGGUGCAUGGGUGGCAUGGACAAAGAACUGCAAAGGACGAGAUGUCUCCCCGUGGAUCCGUGGCUGCGGGCUAUAAAGUUAUGGGGUUUACUGCAUCUUGGUUCCCUUAUAAUUAAGGAGCUUUUCACAUGCAGCAAAAUAUUCCCUCUUCUUGCUUCCCUUUUACAAUUAAUCAUGUUCAAAAUGAAACAAAUUCAGGAGAAAGGUUUGCAGGGCAACUGACUGGUAAAAUGCAAAUAUUUUACUCCUUGCCGUGGAUGGUUCCAUGUGACCAGCUGCAGUAACUUAUUUUGUGUUCUACACAGUUUUAAAGAUCUUGUAUUACCUCUUUAUUAUAUAUACAUGUCAGAAUAAGCCAGAUCUGUUUUUCCUGUGAGAUCCUUCAACUACUUUUUUCUGCUAAUUAGUAGCAUUGUGUAAUCUUGCUUGUGAGCUCACAUUCAUUACACUCAAUAAAAUGACAUACUUUGCACAUAA